AUGACUCGCCGAAAACGGCUAUCCAUCGCGUCUGUUUCCGUGGCAGCUGAGGUGAAGACAACCACUGCCAGUGUACUCCUCCUUGAGGCGGAGAAGAGGCUAGCCGCAGUAACGCAUAUGGCACAACAACGUCUCCAAUCGGCACUGUUAACGAUUGACGGUCUCGCAGUGCUGGCACAAUGGACAGACGGUCGAGCGAGGUGGAUGCACGAGGCGGCGAACCUGCUGAAGGACCAACUGGCCACUAGUGAUGGGAAACUGAGCGAUAUGCGGCAAAGGUUGCAGCUUGUAGAGGCCGAAAUGUGUAAGAAGAAAUAA